AUGAAACCAAAGCGAACAGCAAUACACGACGUAUUCAUAGAUAGAACAAAAAUAUGUUUGGUUCAACUACCCACAACUGAAGACUUCCAACGAUGCCGACAAAAGGAUCCAAAACUAAACGACUGUUUAAAAUCAGCAGUACCAGAUGCAUUACGGAAAAUGAAAUUAGGGGUGCCAUCAUUAUCAGUGCCUCCUAUGGAACCCCUGCACGUGUCCACCAUUAACAUCGACUCCGGCGCAGGGCCAGUGGUCAUCACGCAGAACUACAAGAACAUCAAGUUGCACGGUCUUACUGACACAAUACUCACAACUUACAAAGCGGACUUAAGCCAAUACAGGUUACGAACAGAUUCAUUGACGCCCAAGAUGGAGUUUAUCGCCGAUUACGUGAUGAAGGGCAGAAUUCUGGUACUGCCCAUCCAGGGGAAAGGCAUCGCUAACAUCACCAUGUUAAAUUUAGUGGUGAAGCACGAUAUAAUUGGCGAGCCAGUGUCACGUGAUGGCCAGACCUUCAUGCACGUGCGCGAAUACCGCGUGCGUUUCCACCCGCAGCGCGUGCUGCUGCACUUCUCCAACCUCUUCAACGGUGACCGACGCCUCGGCGACCAGAUGAACAUUUUUCUGAACGAGAACUCCGAGCUCGUGUUCAACGAAUUAAAAGAAGCCUACGAAAAGAGUUUAAGUUCUGUGUUCCAAGACGUCUCAAACAAAAUAUUUGAUAAAGUACCUAUGAACAAAAUCUUCCUUGAAGACUAAACAAAAAUGUGAUUUAGAAUAUAGGUAAUAUUUGCUAAAAUUAGCUUUAAGUUCUCUACUAUAAAGGUAACAUAAGCGAAUUGGUUAUUUAUUAAACCUGCUUUAAUUAGACUUAAUAAUAAAUAAACAGUUUUAUAA